ACCAUUUUCAUGGGAGCCACAAUCUCCGUCCUCCGUCGCGUGGCCCCUUCAAGUCUCUCUCUCUCUCUCUCUCUCUCUCUCUCUCUCUGUUUUUCUAAUAGAACUCUGUUAAUUAGCCAAUUCAUGUUCAGUUUCCGAGGCCCAUUUGUUCAAAGUAUAAGCUUCAGCUAUGGCCAGCUUGAGGCUGAUGAGAGCUGACGAGCUCUGCCUCCUCCCUCGCCCCACCGCCUCGCAGAGCUCACUCUUCAACACCCCCUUCCGCGCCCACCGGACCCAGCUAGCUGCCUCAAAGAACCGGCCUAAGUUCCGGGUUCUCUCGAGCAUCAGGGAAAGAGAAGCAGCCGUCAAGGAGAACGAGAGGGUCGCCAAAGGGGAGGUCCCUCUGGUCCCGGUCCGGGACCCGGAUGAUUCCGGCCGGGUCUCUUCAUCAUCCGCAGAUGAAGUGGGGUUUGAUGGGAAAUGGCCGCCGUGGAAGAAUCUGCCCCAGAGAUACAAACUCAUUGGCACCACCUCACUUGCUUUUGUCAUCUGCAAUAUGGAUAAGGUGAAUUUGAGUGUUGCUAUAAUUCCGAUGUCCCACCAGUUCGGGUGGAAUUCUUCAGUCGCAGGGUUGGUGCAGUCAUCCUUCUUCUGGGGGUAUGCUCUGAGCCAAUUGCCAGGCGGGUGGCUUGCCAAGAUAUUUGGUGGACGUAAAGUUCUUGAGAUUGGAGUGCUCGUGUGGUCAUUGGCAACGGCUCUUGUUCCUGUCCUUGCAGGUUUUAUGCCUGGACUGCUAUUAUCAAGAAUCCUGGUUGGAAUAGGAGAAGGGGUUUCUCCAUCUGCUGCAACUGACCUUAUCGCCAGGAAAAUGCCAUUGGAAGAGCGUUCACGGGCAGUAUCGUUCGUUUUUGGUGGUCUAAGUGUUGGAAGUGUUACAGGGCUUCUUUUGGCUCCUCCAUUAAUCCAAAACUUUGGUUGGGAAUCUGUAUUUUACCUGUUUGGAUUUUUAGGGAUAGCAUGGUAUUUCGGGUUCCAGCUCAUUGAGCAAGAAGAGCAUAAGGGACCUUCAGUAGCCUCGGUAUCAUUUUCACGAUCUCAACCUAUGUAUAUGAAUAGAUCAUGGGAUACCUCUUUGAAGGAGUUGGGAGGGACACUAAAGGAUGUGCCUUGGAAGGCGUUCUUCAAAACUCCAGCUGUGUGGGCAAUGAUUUAUACUCAUUUCUGUGGAAGUUGGGGUCAUUAUACUUGUCUUUCUUGGCUUCCGACUUAUUUCAGUGAGGAGUUGAACCUGAAUUUGACGGAAGCAGCCUGGGUCUCAAUCCUUCCCCCACUGGCUUCGGUCUUCGUCACAAGCGUUGCCUCGCAGUUUGCUGACAAUUUGAUCUCAAAUGGGACCGAAAUAACUAAGGUCCGAAAGAUUUGUCAAAGUAUCGCAUUCUUGGCUCCAGCAAUAUGCAUGACACUUUCUUCUGUAGAUCUCGGACUGGAACCAUGGGAAGUUGUUGGGAUUCUAACAGGCGGCUUAGCCCUCUCAAGUUUUGCCUUGUCAGGACUAUAUUGUACUCAUCAAGAUAUGUCACCUGAAUAUGCUAGUAUUCUCCUGGGCAUAACCAACACCGUGGGGGCAGUUCCCGGGAUCAUUGGAGUCGCUCUCACUGGUUUUGUCCUCGAUUCAACUCAUUCUUGGAGUAUCUCGUUAUUUGCGCCUUCUAUCUUCUUCUACCUGACCGGGACAAUCGUCUGGUUGUCGUUCGCAAGCAUUCUGGGAGGCACGGAUUGUCCUGCAGUCAGCCGAGGUGGUGGUGGCGGGCUUCCCGGGGAGGCCCAUCGUCCGGUUGCUGUGACUUCCGUAGGAGGUGGAGUACAUUCCAGUUGCAUAAUUAGGGCACAGAGGUCCUUAACUAUGGCAAGGUAGUUGGGGCUGGAAGGGAACAGAAUGGACCAGCAAUAGUCGCGGAGCCCGCUGAUGGCCUUACAGCAGGGGAGUGAGGUUGCUGAUUUGCCUGGUGAAGAUUGUCCCGUUGAUCUCUGAGAUACAACCUGGUACAUCCCUCAUCAAAGAGAAGCAUCGGAGCAGGCUCGAAGGGUUCUGAGCUUGGGUUGGUGCAGGAAAUGUCAACGACAUCAAUGGUAUUAUCAGGGCCAAGGUUAUGGUUUUCAUCGCCGUGACAGGUUGAUUAGGGAUACAAUGAGAGUGUUUUCCGGUGGAAGGAAAAGGCUUUGAGAUGAGAUGUAUAUACACAACCGAUACCGGGCUUUAUGACCGUAGUUUCCCGUAAUGUAUGUGUUUGACUGGGUUUUCCCCAUUAGCACGUCGUUGGCAUUGCCUCGGAAGGGCCAGAAUAAUGAAUUGGGAUUCAAAGACAGUAUUGUGGGAAUUUUUCAUGGGUCCUUUCCGAAAA